AUGAGUGGUGGUGGAACUGGUGGUGCCUCUAGUGGUGGUGGUAGUGGCGGCGGUGGUGGUUCUGGUCGGGCACAUUUCCGUAGUCAAUUAGGCUGUUGUAUAUGCGGGACAAAAUCAUCAUCUUCACGUUUUACUGCUAGUCAGAGAUAUGCUGAACACUUUGGGACAUGUUUUGGUCCACAGGCUGCUACACGUUCAGGUGAUUUGUGCAAUGCAUGUGUACUGUGUGUUAAGCGAUGGCUUCAACGUGGGAAACACCCUAAUUUCUUUAUACAGGUCCUCGAUAGUAAAAAAGGUCCAGGACCAAAGCAUAUGAAAGAGAUAACUAAACGAGCACGUCGUCGUGAGGCUAAACAGCAAGCCGCAGCGGCAGCACAAGCAGCAGCUUCGGGUUCUUCUGGUAAUGUUAGUGGAGUUAAAGAGUCAAGAAGCGCUAAGUCUUCAUCCAUUGGUGGCGCCAUCUCUACAGAAACUGCGGCUGGUACUACUUCUGUGACCACUAAUAAUAAUGGUACUCGUAUGACAACAUGCGGCGGUAAUGGUCAUCAUUGUUCACGAUCAAAUUUUCAUCACCAUACUACAAAUAAUACAAAAUCAGAUGUUUACCUGCUCACAUCAAACAACUGUAUUCAUACACAAUCGAAUACGUCAUGUCAACAAUUGUGUGGAAAUAAUUCAAUGAGUACAAUUAUGACAGAAAGUACUAUGGGGGGAACAACACGCUCAUCUACACAACAAUCUCAACCAGUUUCGAAUGGACAUCGAAAUAACAAUACCAGUCAUCUUAGUACUUACGGUCGAUCAACACAGAAUAGUGCUGCAUCCAACUCAUCGAAAUCACAGAAAAAUGGUGGUGUAGUUCAUCGAAGUUGUUCUUGUCUACGUAUUAAUCAAGAAGAUUAUUUCUCUAAAUUGUCUUAUUCACAAGGCGCAACAAGAACUCGUGCAGCUGCCGCUAGACAACUAGAAGCUGCCAGUGCUGCAGCCGCGGCCGCUGCUGUUUUCGCUCAAACUACCGGAGGUAUACUGUCGUCUUCGACACCAUCACGUGACCACAAAGGUAUGAACAACAACUACCUACUGUAUGACCAUCAUUCAUCAGAUAUCCUAAUGAUGAGUAAUGUUGUUACACCGUUGGCGCCUAAUGAAUACGAUAGUAUGAAUUAUGGUGGUACUGCUAGUAGUGGUAGUUUGCAUACAUGUUGUUCAGCUUUGUGUCUGUCAUCCUCCUCUUCAUCAUCUACUUCAUCAAAAUGUCAAGCGAACAUCGGCACCAGUGCAUCAACGGCAACUGGCAUUUGUUGUUGCUGCUCUCCAUCCUCGAAUGCUGCCAUUUCCCCCUGUUGUUGUUGUUGUUACUGUAAUAAUAGUAAUUGUUGUGGUUGUAGUGGAAGUGUCAGUGGUUGCGGAAGUAUCAGUGGGUGUAGUGGUAGUACAAGUGGUUUUGUAUCGAAUUCUUCCAGCCUUUCGAUUGCUAGUCCUACGAAUAAUAAUAAUAAUAAUUGUUCAAGUGCUAAACGAAAUGGUAGUGUUCAACAGUCUCAUCAAUAUCAAUGUCGACGAGUCACUGAAUUUCGACAUCCUCAGCCACCACAAACUAGUCAAAUGAAUGUUACAACGGGUUGUACUAGCAAUGGUAAUAGUAAUAAUAAUCGUGAGAAGAAUACAUCCUCAUCUAUGAAUGGUAAUACUGAGAACUGUAAUAAUCCAAGUACCACUUGUAUGGUAAAUAGCAUUAACAAUACUGCAGUGUCUUCUACUCCAUCACAACAGUCUAUUUCAACUGUAAAUAUAGAUUGUAAUGAAAUGAGUCUAUCAGAUGUAUCAGUAACAAAUACAAGGGCAAUAACCACUGCGACAUCAACAACGACAACAACACCAACUAUUCCUACACGACGUUACAAUCGUAGAGUUGUUCUACCUCCUGUAAGAAUGACACAUAAUCCUGAAGUGGAUUCAUUAUUACGUGAAAUAAUGGAACGAAAUAGUCAAGCUGUAAAUUUUGAUUCACGUGAAAUGCAUAUGGCUGUACAACAAGAGUUACGACUUCGUAGUCGUACUAUACAUACUGCUGCAUCAGCUUCAGGUGGAUCAAUCUCUGGACGUGCAUCAUCAAUAAGCUCAGCAGAUGGUUCUACAGAGGCGACAGUUGGUUCUAGCAGUCAAACCUCCCUACCAAAUGUGAGAAGAGAGGAGAGAAAAGGAGGAGGAGAUAUAAAGUUAUACAAGCAACAGGAAGAGGAAGAAAACAAUGCAAUACAUCUUUAG